AUGCAAUCAGAUAACGAGUACAUUUACUAAAAACCAGGUUAACCAAAUAUUAAACAAAAUAAUAACAGUUUAAGAUAUGAUAAUCGAAUCUAAAGUGCAGAACCUGUAUCAAGAAUCACAAAUUAACAAAUGCCAAUCUCAUAUUAACCUCAUUAAGAACUAACAAAAUAUUUAAAAGAAAACCUAUCACUUGUAAAUAAAACUGUGAGAUCAUUUGAAAACUCUAUUUCAUAAUUAUUGACAACCUUUGGAAAUAAUGUGAUUAAUGGUUAAAAAUAAUACUAUUACUAGGUUUUAGAGUAGAUGAGUUUAUAAGAAAGUUUUUCUGCGUUCUGGAACGAAGAUUAAAUAAAUUCUUUGAUCAUUUGGAUUAUACAUUAUUUUAACAGAAAAUUUAGCAUUAAAUUACAAUACCUGAAGAUUAUAAUGUUCCAGAUAUACGUAAUUAUAUAAGAAUGAAAGCAAAUUAAAUACCUACAGAUCUUUUAAAUCAUUUUUAAUAAAAAUUGAACACUGAUGAAAUAGAUAGAGAAAUUUUGAGAAAAGUCGAUUAAAUUUUAAGAGUUUAUGAAUUAUUUAGAUCUGAUCAAGCCUGGAAUUUUUUAAUUAAUAUAACAAAAUUUAAUUUAGAAUAAUUAUUGGAAAACACUUGUAAUAAUAAACUUUAGGAUAUUCAAUCUAUAGAUGAACUAUUAGAAUCCUAAUUUAUAAUUUCAAUUCAAUUAAUAUAAUCUGCUAUACUAAAAAAUAAUACUAACUUUUUAAACAUAUUUAAUAAAGAAGAUAUAAUUAACAAGUAAAAUUUUUUAUUUUAUUAAGAUUUCAUUAAAUUAUUAACGAUCUUGAUGAUUAUUAAAUUAAAAUUGAUGAUAUAUAAUAUAUUUGUCAAAUUGUUUGUUAAAGAGAUAGAAGAAUUAUAUAUAAUGACUUUCAUUAAUAAAUUACAUAUAAUUUAAAUGAAUUGGCCCCAGAAUAUUUUUAAAUACUCCCAAACAAAAAAUCUUAGCAUUAAUUAAAAAAAGAGGAACUUUAGAAUAAAUUAAUAAAUGUGUAAAAAUAAUGGGAAUUAAUUAAAUUAGAUGAAAAUUAUUAUUUGAUUCUAGAAAAUAGAAUAAAUGAAGCAAAUUUAAAUAUAAAUUAAAAUUUUUCCAAUUAAUAAUAGCAUAUAUUUUAACUUUAGAGAUUAGGUACAUUUUUCAAUAGAAUAUAAAAUUUAUCAUCUGAUUAAAUAUCAUUAUAAAAAGAGAUAAAUAAUCAUUUAGAUUAAACUAAAAAAAAUGUACAAAGUAAACUUACUGAUGCUCUUGUUAAAGCAAGACAAUUCUACUCUAAGACAACUCCUGGAAAAAAUCCAUCCAAUCAAAUUAAAACAUUUGUUGAUACUCUAUAUGAAGAGUUAAUUGAUCUUUUAGAGAAAAGUUAAUCAUACCCAAACUAAUUUAAUUCUUCACUUUCACAUACUCAAAAAUCCUAAUUUGGAAACAAUUCAAAUGGGUCUUCUUUUCAGAAAUCUGCAAAUUUAGAAAAAAGUUUACAAAAUUCUUCACUUAAUCGACCCUUUUCUAAUAUUUAAUAUAAUGGAUUGAUUAAUCCUUAGGCAAAAUUAGAUAAUAUGAUUAAUUGGUAACUUGAAUAAGGAUAAAAUCAAGAUAAAAAGCAAAAAUUAAAUAGAGAAGUUUAUGCUCAACCAAAAACAGAUUAUUAUAAUGAUUCAUUUUAAGGAAAAAUAAAAAAUCCCCAAUAUCAAAAAUUAAAUUAAAAUUAAACAUCAUACAAUAAAUCUAAUUCAUUAAAUGAUAAAGAUUAUGAUCUAAUACAAACUAAAAAAAAAGAAUUUGAUAACUCAAAAGCAUUUAAUCCAAAUUAAUCAAUUAAAUCAGAGACAAAAUAUUAAUAAACUUUGUUAAAUUAAAAUAAUGAUAAUAGAAACAAAAUUAAUUAAGUUUUAUAAUAUGAUAAAAAAUAUCCUGAUAAUUUAUAAAAAUAAGAAUACUCCAAAGAUCUCUAAAAAUAACAAAUUUAAUCAUUAGAUAAAAAAAGAGAAACCGAACCACCUAAAAUAACUGAAAUAAAAAAAGAAUAACCUUUAAAACAAGAACCAUCAAAGAAACAAGAUUUUCCAAAAGAAUAACUAAAAUAACCAGAUCCUCCUAAAAAAACUGAACCCCCUAGAGAAUAACCAAAAUAACCUGAACCUCCAAAGAAACCUGAACCACCAAAAGAGUAGCCAAAAUAAUCAGAGCCUCCUAAAAAGCCUGAACCACCUAGAGAAUAACCAAAAUAACCUGAACCUCCAAAGAAACCUGAACCCCCUAAAGAAUAACCAAAAUAACCAGAACCUCCAAAGAAGCCUGAACCACCUAAAGAUUAACCAAAAUAACCAGAGCCUCCGAAAAAGCCUGAACCACCUAAAGAUUAACCAAAAUAACCAGAGCCUCCGAAAAAGCCUGAACCACCUAAAGAAUAACCAAAAUAACCAGAGCCACCAAAGAAACCUGAACCACCUAAAGAUUAACCAAAAUAACCAGAGCCUCCGAAAAAGCCUGAACCUCCAAAAGAAUAACCAAAAUAACCUGAGCCUCCUAAAAAGCCUGAACCACCUAAAGAAUAACCAAAAUAACCAGAGCCUCGAAAAGAAUAACCAAAAUAACCAGAAUAAUUCAAAGCAUAGAUUAAUGAAGACGAAUAGAAACCUGAUAUGAUGAAUAAACCAGAACAAAAUAUCUAACAAAUAAAAAAACCUGAUAGCUAAUUAGAAAAAAUAUAAAAUUAAUAAGGUCAAAACGCAAAGUAGCAAGUAUAUAUCUUUUUUUAUCUAGAACUUUGACGAGUAUGAUAUUAAUUUAGAGGAUAUUGAAGAUGAGGAUGAUGAUGGUAUUGAUUUUAUGACAAGUUAUGUACCAUCAAACAAAAAUAAAUAGACUUAAUAAAAAUAAAAUGAACCUGAGAAUAAAAUGAAUUAGAUGAAAUAGCCUGAGUUAUCGGAAGGGGAUGGCACAGAAAUUUAAAUUAAAAAAUUAAUAACUGAAAAAACAUUACCUUGGAUUAAUAAGUUUACUAAAAGUUACAAAUAUGGAGCUUAGUUUUAAGUAAAAGAUUUAAUUUACGAAUUUAAUUCAUUUGAUCAUUUAAUAUAGCUAUUUUAAACAUUCAUACUUUAGGAUGAAUUAUAUUUUUUUGAUUUUGAAGAGACUGAUUUGAUUUUAGAGAUUUUUGAGAAAAUUUUAGCUGAAGAAGACCCACAAAAUGAGUUAGAGCAGUUUUAAGCAAUCACUUUAUAAAACUUUUAGAAUAGAACAUAAAAAUAAAACUUUAGUGAAAAUUAGAAACUUUAUUAUCUGUUUGAUAAGACAGAUAUGUUUCCUUUUGAUUUUUAUUUAAUAGAAAAAGAUCCUUCUUAACAUCUUUUAAGACUCUAUUAUGAAGAUGAGCCAUCUGAGGAAUCAAUGGGGGAAUAAUUUUAAAAUUUUUUGAGUGUGUUUUAAUAGAUUUUUGAAUGUGAAGAAUAUGAAUUAGAUUAAAUAGUUCUCUAACCUAAAGCAUGCUAAACUUUAAAAAGCCUUAAAAAGAAAGAUAAUAAAUAUUUAAAAGCCUUACUCACAUUAUUUUCUCAUUUAUACGAAUAAGAAGGUUCAGAAAAUAUAAAUUUUGAUGAAGAAACCAUAGCUAGAUUGGUUUGGGUUUUACAUUAAAGCAAUGAAUUUUUUACAAUGUUUGAAGAACAGGAAGAAGAUAUAAAAGAACUAUUUUUAGAUAUUUUAAAGUAGGGAUAGUAACAAGAUCCAUCAGUUGAAUUUGUUAUAAUUGAGCAACCUUUUAAUUAAGAAGGCUUAGAGAAUUUAUAAUAAGUAAUUUACAUUAUUUUUAUAAUAGGACAUUCAAAUGGUAUAUUAGGAAUUUUUGUAGAACAAAUAAAUAACUCAAAAUUUAAUCUCUGUAAAUGUAUUACUAGAGGAAUAACAAAUAAAAAUUAAUUUAUACUGUCAUCUUUAAAGAAUUAAUAAUAAAAAUAUCUUAAAGGUAAAGUUUAUAAUUAUAUUAGAUUUUUACUUUGAAUCAUUAUUCUGAGAUAGGAGCUUAAAUUAUAGAAUUAUUAUAUGCAGAUGAUCUUUUUGAACAACAUAUUUAUAGCGAAUUCCCUAGACAUAAUAUCUUCCAUGAAUGCACUGAAAUCACUUUAGGAGCUUGGUAUUUCAUGUAGACUCAAAGUAAAUUGUAACCUGAGGAAGCAAUGGCAAAUUUAUUAUUCUCAUUAAUUCCAUACAACCUCAUAAUGACAUAGGAAGAAUGA